AUGGUACCAAGUCUACUGUCCGCCGCCUUUGCGGCCACGAUAUUCGCAGGCACAGCGCUCGCUGGAGCAAAAUGCACAAAAGAUAGCCACUGCCCUCAGGACACUCCCUGCUGCUCUCUAUACGGCGACUGCGGUGUCGGCGCCUUCUGCCUCGGUGGCUGCGACCCCCUCAUGUCACACUCGUUCGACUCGUGCGUCCCCGGCCCUGUAUGCAAAUCUGGAACAUAUUCGCUAGACAGCCUGGACGAUGUGCAGACCAUCGACAAGUACCUGGGAGAUGCAUCCAAGAUCAACUGGCAGUCGCAGGGCAUGCCCACUAUCUACACAGACCCCAAGACCAAGGAGAAAUCCACCCUCUUGACCAUGGCACAAGGCACAGUCGGAACACUUCUGGCCUCUACCUACUACGUUUGGUACGGCAAGAUCUGCUCCAAGCUGAGCACCGCCCAGGGCAAGGGUGUUGUCACCGCCUUCAUUCUCAUGUCGGAUGUCAAGGACGAGAUCGAUUUCGAGUGGGUUGGUGUAGACACAGGCCACGUGCAGUCCAACUACUACUCGCAAGGUGUCACAGUGUACACCAACGGCGAAAACCUUACUGUACCUGACUCCAACACGGUUGAAUCCAUGCACGAAUACUGCGUUGACUGGAAGGAAGACACCCUUACAUGGUCUAUCAACGGCAAAACUCAACGCACCCUGGAGCGCGAGUCGACAUGGAACAAGACAUCUGGUCGCUACUCCUACCCUCAGACACCUGCCCGCGUCAUGCUCUCCCUCUGGCCCGCCGGUCUACCCACCAAUGAAAAGGGAACAAUCGAUUGGGCAGGAGGUGAGAUUGACUGGAACUCGCCCUACAUGACCAACGGAUACUACGCCGCCCGCUUCUCAGAAGUCACAGUCGAGUGCUACGACCCACCAGAGGGCGCCCAGAUCAAGGGCAAGAAGACGUACAAGUACACAGACGAAGCUGGCACCAACAACACCGUCGCCAUCACCGACGAUGUAGUCGUCCUGGGCUCGCUCAUGGGCACAGGCGAGAACCCGGGUGAAGCCAAGGACAACGACGACUCAAAGGCUACCGAUGUUGCCAUGGUACCUGGUGGUAACCCUGGAGGCGGUGCCGGUCGAGAAGUCGAGCAGACCAGCACCGCUGCGAACCCUAACUCUCCCGCUGCCGAAACCGGUUCUUCUAGUGGUGCUACCGCUGAAGGCCAGUUCAUUCAGGGUGGCUCCAGCAUGGGUGCUGGAUCCGUUGUCCAGCCUGGUCUGAGCCGUAUGGGUGGCUCCGUCUUUGCCAUUGUUGUCGCUAUCGUCGGACUCAUGGCGUUAUAG